GUCCUAGAAAAAACACCACCUGUGCAUGUAUCGGAUACCGGACUUCGCAUAAAAAGUGUGACCAUACCAAUAACCAUCUCGAGUGCAAGAGAUGUCAGGAAACGCGGUCCUAAAUCUCAAAAAAAAUCUAAUGAUAACGUGCCCACCACCAAAACCACUUUCUGUAUGUCUAACGGCCAUUUUCAUAAUAUGUCCAACACUCCUUUUUACGAUAAGCCCACCACCGAAACUCCAUUUUAUGUGGUGCCCACGGGAAUUCCAGAUCUCGAUGAUC